AAUCCUUUUACAGACAAAUAAUACAUAGUGUGUAACAUUACAUUUGUUUCCAUUAAAUUAUUAAUGAAUUCAUCUUCCUCUGCAUUCUUUUCUAUUGUUAUAAUUUCUGAUUGAUAAGUGUUUAAUUCAUAAUUAUCAAACAAUUUUAUGAGGGAAUCUGUUGUUUUUGUUGUGACAUCAUUGAAUGAGACAUUUAAUAAUCUACAAUUGCAUAAGGUUUUAUUAGGAAGUGACAUUAAUGAAAGUAAAAUUUAAGAAGGUAUAUAGGUACCUUUCAGGAGCAUUAUCAGUAAAAUUCUUAGAAGUUAUUUGUCCUUGAUAUUUUAUACACAAAUGUUUAUAAAAUACGUUAACAGAUUUAUUGAAUAAUUCCUCCGAUAUAUUUAGUAAUUCUGCAUCACUUAUCAGUGAUCCUAUAAAAUAAAAAUUAUAACAAAAAGAGUAGUUGAUAAAACUUAUACACAUUAUAUAUUCUUUUUAUAUUUACCAUCUACUUCACAUAUUGUUAAAUGAUAUAAAAUAAUUGUAUUUAAAAUGAUUAUACGAAAAGAAAUUUUAAUAACUUUAUAUAACAUUUUAUAAAAUAAAUACACGUUACAGGUUAUAUGUAUUUAAUAAUUCUCAUUGAAACGAUGAUCUUAUCGUUGUUAAAUUUACGUAUUAUGUAAAUCUUUAUUACAAAAUGUUUUAUGAAAUAAAUAUGAAAUGCUAUUUUAGCCCUUUAGUCGUUUCUUUACAAAUAUAAGUGAUAUAUUUCUCAACAAUCAUUGAUUACCAUCGUCGAGGAUACCGAUUACGAAAUUUUGUUUACAAAUGGUAGACUCUUGUUUGUGGUAUCCUUUUCCGGAUAGUAAAAAUGUCGAGUCGUAUAGAAUACAUAAUUUCACCAUGGGAAGCCGAAGCGUAUAUACAAUCAUUAAAUAUUUCACAGCUGGAAGAUAUAGGAACGAAAGGAUGGUAUGAAUUUCAUAAAAGAUUAAUGUUAUUAAAUCAACAAAGCGUGUUAGAAAUUAAUGCUUUAAGAGAGGAGAACAUCAAGGAAUUGUUUGUUUCAUACAAAAAAAUACCAAUUCUUAUAUACGAAGCAAUCCAAAUUGAUGUAUGGAAACACAAAGUAUUUCCUCUUUUGUUAAAUAUAAAUAGUGAACCACAAAACACAUUCAUGCUCUUCACUAUAUUUUACCAUGAAAAUAUGGCUGUUUCUUUAUUGGAAAAUGUACUGUUUCAUUGUGAAAGUGCAGAAACUAUCGAUGAUACAGUUCUUGAUCUUGUAGAUUUCGCGGUUAAAUGUGUUAUUGAACUCCUUGAUAUGCAAAAUAUUGAAAUUUACGAAAAUGUGAAGAAUCCUAAUUCAUGCAUUGAAGAAAUAUUAGAAAGAAAAAAGGAACUUGAAUUUGAUAUUGGUAUGCGAUGCAUUUCGAUUCUUCGUUACUUGGCAGAGUUCGCAGAUAAUUUACCGCUUUGCGUCUUAUCCCGAAUGCUAUCUACGCACGAUGUACCAUUACUUCUCGUUCAAUUAAUUGAAGAUCGUCCGUGGACUAAAGAGAAUGCUGAUGGCGAAUACAUGAUAUAUAAUGGUUCUUGGAAGAAAAUGAAAUCAAGUGAAGAAGGAAAAGUUUCUAAAAUUGAAGGACAAGUUUGGAUUGGUUUACGAGAAUUAUUACUUAAUCCAAAGUGUGCACCAUAUUAUGAAAUUACAGAGUAUAGAAUGUCUCAUUUAUUGAAGUUACAGAAAUAUUUACACGAAAUCAUACUAGAUCAAAUUUCUCCUUUAUUGGAAUUGAAAAGAUGGUUGAGUUAUUUAAGUGUAUCAUCAUCCCAUUCUAAAGUACCUCAAGCACUAAAUGUAGAACUUAUACCACAGAUGAGAACAUCAAUCAUGGAAAAGUAUUAUAAAAAAUGGAAGAAGCUAGCAAAGCAUCAAUCAAAAUUUAUAUUUACAACAAAUAAAGAGGAUGUUAAAAAUGCAGCACAAAUUUUAAGUGAUGCAUAUGAUUUGGAUAAAUUAGAUUGCAUUGACAUUAAAGAUUGUUUCCUAUGCCAGGAAGAGGCACAAAAGCGUUGUUCUAAAUGCAAAGCAGCUUGGUAUUGUGGAAGGGAAUGUCAAGUAAAAGACUGGCCAAAACAUAAAGUCAUUUGUGAUAAGAUUACAAAAAGUGAAGAAUGUAAACAGCAGCAAGAUGAAUCUAAGACUAUUUCAUAAAUUUUUAAAUAUUUUUCAAUGCCAUUUUUGAACGAAAAAAAAUGUAGUACCGAUUUUUAAUACAUUUGUUUAAAUUCAUAUUAAAACAAUUACUUAUUGCAUAAACAAAAAUACAUAUGAAUUGAAUAAACUAUACGUACAAUAUUAUGUAGAAUGUUUUAUUAAAGAAUCUUAA